GUUCUUUUAUCUGAGUUGAUGAUUGAUAAGUGUAUGGUGUAUUAUAGAGAAACAUAAAUAUUGGUAGUAGUCACUCUAAUAGUUGACUUUUAACAUCAGCCAUCAUUAUUAUUCCUACUACAUUUGUCAAUGUUUCAGUUAUAAGAUAUUUUUUCUUCGUAAUCAUCGUAAAUUGCGACCUCAUUUCAGUAGUCCUUCAUCUCCGUUCUUUGGUAGGGUUUCGAAUUAUUUUGAUAAUACUCUGGUAAAUGUUUAGUAGACAUAGAUAUUUAUUGGUCAUUACUAAUUUACAUCAUCUCUACAAUUUUUAGUUUCAUUAUUUAUUUAUUAUUUUUUGUGUUUAGUUUAUCGAAGUAAUUUAUUUCUUUGAACAUUCAUUAUAGAGUGUAAUUUUAUCAUUUUUUAAGUUAAAAAAUUUUUUAAUCUUAUAUCUAAUUUUAAUUCUUGAUUCUGUAUAAAUUUCUAUACAUUUACAUAAAGAAUUUAUGUUAAGAACUAUUAAAAAAAUAUUCAAUUUGAGCAAAGAAGUAAGAGUCAAUGCUGCUAUCAAAUAAAUCAACCAUCCUUGAACUUUUGUAACAAUUAUAGAAUCUGAACUAGGCAAUUAGAUUAUGUCAUCCUUACACGAUAUUGAUAUACCAUCUGAUAAAGCAACAUUUGCUAUGGGUUGUUUUUGGGCUCCAGACAGUCUUUUUGGAUCUACUCUUGGUGUCAUUUCUACAAGAGUUGGUUAUGCUGGUGGUACUAUUGGAUUUACACCAACUUACAGAAACAUUGGUGACUACACAGAAGCUAUUCACAUAGUCUAUGAUCCAAAAACUAUAUCUUAUAAAACUUUAUUGAAAAUGUUUUGGGACCAUCAUGAUCCAACUGCAAAAUUUACAAAACAAUAUUCAUCAUACAUUUUCUAUCAUAGUGAUGAACAGAAAUUAGAAGCUGAGAUGACAGUAAAUGAAAAAAAAAAAAAAGGCUUAAAUAUACUUACUGAAGUGCAACCUGCUGAACAAUUUUUUAAUGCAGAAGACUACCAUCAAAAAUAUAGAUUACAGCAACACAAAAGUUUAUGCAGAGAUUUGGGUCUUCUGACUGGAGCUGAUUUUAUAAAUUCUCAUGUUGCUGCUAGAUUAAAUGGUUAUGUCGUUGGUCAAGGAGGAAUUAAACAAUUUGACCAAGAAGCAAAGCAAUUAGGUUUAGAUGAAAUUUCUAUUAAAUAUAUUAGACAGCUAGUGAUAAAAUAUGAAGGUCAAGGGUUAACUUGUUAAAAAUAUUGUAAUUAAAAUUAUCUUUAAAAUUAUUUUGUUGAAUAUUAAUAAAUUAUUUCUAUUAUAAAAAUGUCUAAUAUAUGUGAUAUAAAGUUUUAAAAUUAGUAUUAUUCCCCCCUCACAAAAAAAUAAUUAUUAUAUUUUUUAGAUUCUAAUAAUGUAUGUAUUUUUUUUUACUUAACUAAAUGUGUACCUAUUUGUAAAAUUUCGGUUGUUAAAUAACUUUAAAAUAUAUUAAUAAUGUAUUA